AUGGAAAUCUCUCGCUUUUUGCUUGGAUUAUGCGCCUUCAUCCACUUUUACAGAUCUGUUUCAGCAGAGUCCACAUGCAAGCUGAAGGCCAAGUUCAACCUGAGCGGCUACAAGAAUGUAGAGAAGAAGACGGUUGUUAUUGGGGGGAUGUUUCCUGUUCACAAGCGUAUUGCUUCCAGUGAUGGCAACACUUCAAGGGUGCCUGUGUCCUCGGGGUGUGAGGGGUUUAACUUCCGUACCUUCCGCUGGACCCAGACCAUGCUGUUUGCCAUAAACGAAAUUAACAAGAAUGACAACCUGCUGCCUGACACCGAGCUGGGCUACGUCAUCUAUGACUCCUGCUUCACCAUCUCCAAGGCCGUGGAGGGCACCCUCACCUACCUGACGGGCCAAGAUGAGGCUGUACCCAACUACCGCUGCGGGAAUGGGGCCCCUCUGGCUGCUCUGGUGGGUGCUGGGGGCUCCGACCUGUCCAUUGCCACGGCUAGGAUACUUGGACUUUAUCACUUUCCACAGGUCAGCUAUUGCUCCACUUGCUCUGCCCUGGAAAGUAAGUUCCAGUUCCCCACCUUCCUCAGGACCAUUCCCAAUGACAAGCACCAGUCUACAGCUAUUGCUCAGCUGGUGCUACACUUCGGCUGGACUUGGGUGGGCACCAUAGCGGCUGAUGAUGAUUACGGCAAGUAUGGCAUCAAAGCCUUUAAGGAGCAGGUGGAGGAAGCUGGUGUUUGCAUCUCCUUCUCUGAGACCCUGCCCAAGGUCAGUUCCCCAGGGGUCAUCCAGCGUAUUGUUAAAACUAUAGUUGAGUCCACAGCCAAGAUCAUCGUGGUCUUCUCAUCAGACGUGGACUUCAGUCCUCUUAUCCUCGAGCUGCUCCGGCACAAUGUGACCAACCGCACCUGGAUCGCCAGUGAGGCCUGGGUCACCUCCGCUCUCAUCAACCAGCCUGGGGUGAGCUCCUUGCUGAGUGGUACCCUGGGCUUUGGGGUAAAAAGGGCUGACAUCCCGGGUCUUCAGCAUCAUCUACUGAAAAUAGACCCCUAUGCUGACCCGUUCACGGAGGAAUUCUGGGAGACGUUGUUUAACUGCACAUUGAACUAUGGAAAAGCAGUGAGGGGGGUCCCUGAUGGGCUGUGUACAGGCAAUGAGUCUCUGGCACAGCUCAAUAACACCUACUCUGAUGUUUCCCAGUUACGAAUCACCUACAGUGUGUACAAAGCUGUGUACGCUGUGGCCCACGCCUUGCACAACCUGGAGCACUGUGAAAAGGGACAGGGGCCAUUCAACGGGAACGACUGUGCCAACAUCACCAACUUUGAGCCAUGGCAGCUGAUGUACUACCUGAAGAACGUGCGCUUCAAAGUACCGCACACGGGAGAAGAGAUCUACUUUGAUGAGGGGGAUGUAGAAGGCGUCUAUGACAUAAUCAACUGGCAGUUCAAUAGUAACGGGGAGAUAUCCUACGUUACUGUGGGACACUACAAUGGCUCAGCAGCCCCAGUGGGCAGGAUGAUCAUAAAGAAUAACUCCAUUCUGUGGAACAAUGAAGUGUUGGAGCCCCCUCGGUCAGUGUGCAGUGAGAACUGCCAGCCGGGCACCAGGAAGGGAAUCCGGCAGGGAGAGCCAGUCUGUUGCUUUGACUGUAUCCCAUGUGCUGAUGGAGAGAUCAGCAACUCAACUAAUGCUCGUGCGUGUAUCCUGUGCAGUUACCAAGACUGGUCCAAUGAUGCUCAUGAUACCUGUGUACCAAAAAUCAUUGAGUUCCUGGCCUUUGGAGAGCCUCUGGGGAUAACUCUCAUCAUCAUCUCAGCCUUUGGAGCACUAGUGACCAUCGCUGUCGGGGUGGUGUUUGUUGCACACAUUGGCACCCCUUUGGUGAAAGCCAAUGAUCCUCUGUUGAGUUUCUCGCUGCUCUUCUCGCUGGUGGUGACCUUCCUCUGCUCCAUCGUCUUCCUCGGAGAGCCUCAGCACUGGAGCUGCAUGACCAGCCAAGUGGCCCUGGCUCUGGGCUUUGCUCUCUGCCUUUCCUCUAUAAUGGGUAAGGCAGCAGUGUUGAUGUUGAGAGCUCGGGCUCUGAAGAAAGCCCGUGCCAUCGCCAAAGCAGCAGCCAAAGCUGCAAAGGCUGCAGCUGAAGCAGCAGCCAACAGCGGCAGUCCUGAUGUACUUGUAACCAACACACUAAACAACAAUAACACCAAUGCCUGUGCUGACCCUGAAGUUGACAGUCUCACCUGUGCCCACCAGAGGGCGAUAGCUGCUGUGGCUACAAUAAUACAGGCUGUAGCGUGUACAGUGUGGCUCGUCAUCCUCCCUCCAUUUCCCAUCCAGAACACCUCUGCCCAGAAUAUAAAGAUCAUUCUGGAGUGUGAUGAAGGCUCUGUGGUCUUCAUCUGUUGUAUCUUCGCCUAUGAUAUCCUGCUGGCUCUGCUGGCCUUCAUCUUUGCCUUCAUAGCCCGCAAACUGGAGGACCACUUCAGUGAAGCAAAGAGUGUCACCUUCGGCAUGCUCGUCUUCUUCAUCGUGUGGAUCUCCUUUGUCCCGGCGUACCUAAGCACACGUGGCAAGUUCAUGGUUGCUGUCCAGAUCUUUGCCAUCCUGGCUUCCAGCUUUGGCCUGCUGACCUGCAUCUUCCUGCCCAAGUGUUACGUUCUUUUGGUCAAACCUGAACGCAACACAGAGGAGAUGAUGAGGCCCCGCGCUAAACCACGUGAUGGGACCUCGACUGGGACCUCGGCCUCACUCGCUACAGCUGCUACGAUAGCAUCCACUGCUAUUGAUUAGUGGAGCAGUAAACUGUGCCACUGCUUCAUUGGUCAACUAGUCCAGCUGAUUAGGGUUCCUAGUCUAUUUGGUCUAUAAUUAAUUGACAAAAUAUUUUAUUAACACACCCUAGUCAAGUAUAUCUUCACAUGCGUUAGAGAGGGUUGAUUUCAGUAAACAAUAUCCAUGAGGGAAGAAAACUACUACCUCACUGAUUACUCAAAAAAGCAUUUUCAAAAACAUUGCUAUUUUAGAAGUUAGGGUCCUAAUGCCUAUAUAUGUCAAACACAACAC